AAGAAGAGAAUACACGAAUAGAUCUUAAUGCAAUCAUAAAUCUUUCAAAUCAAAUUGAUAAAUUAGAAAAUAAUGAUGAAUCACAUGCAAGCUUAAUAGCGAAUGAGAUUGUAAAGCUCUGUAAAAAAG